UGGUAGUUAAUUGGUUAAUUUUUUGAACCAAAUUUACAACAAAUUUUACACUGGAAAGAAGGAGAUGAAUCCCCAACAAAUAAUAAAUUAUGAAAGCAUGGCAGCUUCUUUUCUCUUCGAGAAGAAAGCCAAAGGAAAAUAACCAGCUCUACUCUCUCUGAUUCCCCAAAACAAAAUAUUUAAAUUUAAAAGAAAAUAAGAUUUAGAAAGAACCAAACCAACAAAUGGAACGCGAGACCCCGGCACCCAGUUACGCCACCGACGCCACCUCACCACUCCUCUCAAACAGCCCCUCGAGGAGCCGCCGCUACCUGCGCCGGCCUCCGACUCCUCUUCGUGGCGCGGCUCGGUUCCUCCGGCGCGCCAGCGGGCGCGGUAUGAUGCUGCGUGAGCCGUCCGUACGUGUGCGGGAGGCUGCUGCCCAGCAGCUGGAGGAGCGCCAGAGCGAUUGGGCCUACUCGAAGCCGGUGAUCGCACUGGACGUGCUGUGGAACGCUACGUUCGUGGGGAUUGGGAUCGCGGUGCUCUGGCUUAGCGUUAACGAGAACCCUUCGGUGCCACUUAGGCUUUGGAUUAUUGGGUAUGCGCUUCAGUGCGUGUUCCACAUGGGUUGCGUUGCGGCUGAGUACAGGAGGCGCCAGCGCGAGAGGGGUGGGGAGGAAUUGGAAGGGAGUCAAGGUUGGGAGAGCGGUGGGGAUUUGAAUUCUGGGUCUGGAAGUGAUGUGGAGGAAUAUGCCGUUGAGGAGGGUCUUGUUGAAGCUGGAAGUGGAAGUAGUCUUGCAAAGCAUUUGGAGUCUGCAAAUACAAUGUUCUCAUUUAUCUGGUGGAUCGUUGGGUUCUACUGGGUAACUGCUGGUGGUGAUAGUUUGAUUAUUGACUCACCACAGCUAUACUGGCUCUCUGUGAUUUUUCUAGCCUUUGACGUGGUAUUUGUUGUUAUCUGCGUUGCAGUUGCUUGCCUUAUCGGCAUAGCCGUUUGCUGUUGUCUCCCAUGCAUAAUUGCAAUCCUAUAUGUUGUCACAGAUCAGGAAGGAGCAACAAAAGAAGACCUUGAUCGAUUACCAAAAUUCAUGUUUCGCAAGGUAUCUGAUGUUCAGAAAGUUAAUGGAGAGAUCCAAGAAUCUUUUGGAGGAGUAAUGAUUGAAUGUGAAGAUAAUUCACCCAUUGAACGUGUUCUUUCACAAGAGGAUGCUGAAUGUUGCAUUUGUCUCACCGCAUAUGAUGACGGAACCAAACUCCGUGAACUUCCUUGCCGCCACCAUUUCCACUGUGCUUGUGUAGACAAGUGGUUACAUAUCAACGCAGUAUGCCCUCUCUGCAAGUUCAACAUUUUGAAACCCGCCAACGAAAGUUGCGCUGAUGAUGUAUGAAAACUAGAGUUUUUGUUUUGGACACUGGUUGUGUCCUUCAUACCUAUUUGUACAUACUGUUAACUCAGUGAGACUUUUUGUUGAUUUCUCUGCA